GGAAAGAGAGCUCCUGAUUUCCUUUCAGGCAUAGCUUCCUCCAAAGGCAACAACAAUCAAUCAUGUCUGAUCAGCAAAAGCCCACAGAUCAGCAAGAUCCCACAUCCCAGAGGCUCCCUGAACCAACUCAAACAUCAAAGCAAGUCGUUAGGCUGAUAACAGCAACAACUAUAGGUGCUGCGUUGCUUGGAUUAUCUGCAUUGAUCUUAACCGGGACGGUGCUGGCCCUGAUCCUGGCCACCCCAGUUCUGGUUAUUUUUAGCCCAAUUCUUGUCCCAGCUGCUGCAUUGCUUUUCUUAUUCACUGUGGGAUUCUUGUUUUCUGGUGGCUGUUGUGUGGCUGCAAUAGCUGCUCUGACAUGGAUAUACAAGUAUGUGGCUAGAAAUAAUUCUCCUCGCUCGGACCAGCUUCAGCUUGAUCAUGGCAGGAUGAAGAUUGCAAGCCCAGCUACCGACAAUGCUGAAGGCUGAAAACUAUAGCCAAGAAGUGUCAUAAAUAGAUCAAUGUGGAGGUUCUAGUUAUGCAAUGCAUGUGUUGGUUGGUCAGAUUUUGCCUGUAUCGUAUGACGGUGCAGGUUUUGCUUCCAAAAUCUUCCAUCCAUCCCAAAUAAGCAGAGUGUGGGUUGUUGCUAGUCAUUCAAUCUUGCAUUUUUAUGGUAUUAUGUUGUGUUCUGAUCUAUCUUAACUUUGAAAUUAGGCCAUGCCCAGGGGCCAUGUGGUUUGUGAUUGUGUGACCCGUGGUGUUUUCGUC